AUGUCUUCAUUGGAUUGGCUGAGCGUAAGCGGUAUUCGUUCUUUUGAUCAUACCGGAGAGCCUCAAAUUAUUAAAUUCUUUAAACCAUUAACAAUUAUUUUGGGAGCAAACGGAUCAGGAAAGACCACACUUAUUGAAUGUUUGAAGUGUGCCACAACUGGUGAGCUCCCUCCCAAUUGUGAUCGUGGAAAAUCAUUCGUUCAUGAUCCAAAAGUAUCAGGAGAUACAGAAGUGAAAGGACAAAUUCGAUUGCAAUUUAAAGCAGCAAAUAAGAAGAAAUAUAUUACUGUUCGUAGCUUUCAAGUUACGCAAAAAAAGAAAACCACACAAUUUAAACAGCUAGAAUCAGUCCUCUCUACAAAGGGAGAGGAUGGAGAAACCAAAAGCAGUAGCUACAAAUGCACAGAUAUGGAUAAAUUAAUUCCUGAAUUAAUGGGUGUGAGCAAAGCAAUAUUAGAGAAUGUGAUUUUUUGUCACCAAGAAGACGUAAAUUGGCCGCUCAGUGAAAGUACUGUACUAAAGAAAAAACUCGAUGAUAUCUUUUCUAGCACUAGAUAUUCUAAGGCUUUAGAAGCUAUCAAAAAAACCAAGAAAGACAUUACACAACAAUUGGCAGAGCACGAAAAAGAUUUGGCUGUAGCAGAGACCGAGAGAAAUCAAAGCGUAAAGUUACGCAAGGAAGCAGAAAAUGAAGUAAUCAAGCUUCAAAAGUUGAAAGAAAAGAUUGAAGACUUGGAUGAAAAGUUGAAUCAAGUAAAUACAGAGAUUGAGAAAUACGAAGGAGUCAUUCAAAAGGUUAAUGCUCUCAAACAAAAGCUUACAUCUGCUGACACAAAAAAGAAAAUGAUGGAAAAAGAUGUCGAAGAAAUGUACCAAAACUUGCAACAAGAAUUCACUGAGACGGAUGAAGAAGUGAAAAAGUAUGAAGAAAAUUUCUCCAAACAGCUCGAACAAUUGAAACAAAGUCAACGCCAGACUGAGAAUGACCUUGCACGGAAUGAAUCAAACAAAAACAGCCUCAAUAUUCAGAUGAACUCUCUCAAGGAGAAUAUGGGAAAGUUAAAAUCCCAAAAGGAAGCUCAUGAGGGUCGUAUUCAUGAUAUUAGCACUGAUAUUAUGGUUCUUUCUCAAAGAUAUCGCAUACCAGGAUAUGAGCAGCUUCCUUUUUCUGAAAGCCAAAUAUUCAGUUUUCUCACUUCACUCGAUCAGCUAUUCCAAAAAGAAAAGAAGGAGCUUGAAAAUAUGAGACGAGAACACAAAUCUGAGCAAGAGAGUCUCUUAAAAGAAACCAACUCUUUCCUUCAACAAAAAGAAAAUAGCACGUCCAAGUUGAAGGCCGCUACCCAACGAAAGACUAUUUUAGAGAAUGAGGCGAAGAAACUUUCAGAAUCUAUCCGAAAUAUUUCUAUCACCGAAGAUGUUGUAGCUGAAAUGGAAAGAGAAUAUUUAGUUUUUGAAAAGCAGGUUAGAGAUAAAGAAGAGAACAAGGAGAUGGACACCAUCAAGAAAGAAAUGGAUUCAAACGCUAAGAGCCAAAAGGAACAAACUUUAAAAAUUUCCAAUCUUAACAAAGAACUGGCUUCAAGAGAAAAGGAAAAAGACAUUAGUUUCAAAAUUCAGAAUUUAAGAGAGGAGCUCAGCAAGCACAAUUCAAGCUUGAAUGAUAAAUUCUCUGAAGUCAGAACAAAAUAUGAAAAGACUUUGGGCAGUGUUGACAAUGAAGUCACAGCCGCAAAUAUUGAAGUUAAGAUUAAGGGACUUAUCAAGAAGGCAACCGACAGAGUUCAAACUCUUACCUCAUCAUUACAAAGCUUGGAAAAAUCACUCUCUGUUCAAAAAUCAAAACUCGAUGCUGCUAACAAUCAAGCACAAAAAAUCAAGAAUGAGAUUGAAAAGAAGCAACAACAUGUAGCUGCUGUUAUUCCCACAGGGAAGAGUUGGGACGAGGCAAUGAAAGAAGCGGAGGAGAAGGUGAAUGACCUAAGAAAUGAAGCAAGUAUGGCAGAGGCAUUAAAGCUUUGCUAUGAAAAUUUCAUUCUCCACGCAAGAAAACACAAACAGUGUUUUGUUUGUGAGAGAGAAUUGCAUACUGAAGAAGAGUGCUUCAAUUUUGAAUCUCUCCAACAAAGCAAAAUGGAGCUAACACCAAAACUAUUGAAAAAAACAAAAGAAAAGCUCGAGUCAGAAAGCUCUGUAUUGGAAAAGCUUAGAGAAAUCAAACCUAUUGUUGCAGAUAUUGAACGGUUGAAAAACUCUGAUCUUCCACAAUCCGAGAUGGAAGCUUCUAACAUUAAGCAAGAGAUUACAAACCUGAAUGAAAAGAUUGAAAAGCUUACAGAUGACAUUAACCAAGCCAAAAACGACGAAAAGAAAACAAGUGAGCUGUUGAAUGGUUGUGGAGAAUUGAAAAUUUUGCAAACGAGCAUCAAAACUACGCAACAACGUAUUACAGAACAAGAGAAUGCACUCAAAAGUCUUGGACUUCCGCAAGAUCUUGUACCAUACGAACAAGUGAAGAAUCAGUUGGAAGAGGCUCAAAGCUCACGAGAAAAGCUUACCCAAAGACAAUCUCAGUUGCAGCAAGAACUCACUCGAUGCCAGAACGAGCUUUCACAAAUGAAAGACAAGUUGAGAGAGAAACAUACUAUCUUACAAAAAUCUCAAUACGAUCUGAAAGAAUUGAAACGUCUCCAGGAUUCUCUUAGUGAAAAACAAGCAGAAAUCAACCAAAAAGUUCAAGAAAUUGAAAAAAUUAACCUUGAAAUACCUACCUUUGAAGAGAAAUAUCAAUCACACAGCAAGAUGUUAAGUGAGAUGAAGGAAAGACAUGGAAAACAAGAAUUCAUACUUGAAGGCACAAUUUCAGACUAUCAACAGGACAUUUCCAAACUAAACGUUUCCAUACAAGAACUCAAGAAAUUCAAGGAUAGAGGUGUCGAAGAGAGUUUGCAAAACGUCGAAUCCCAAAUCACAAAACUUGAUAUACAGAUACAAGAGAAUCAAAGAGAGAACGAAAGGUUGUCUGAACUCCUUAAAAAGUACAAUAGGGGUCUCGAGAAGCAAAAUGUCAUUAAGCAAAACAUCGAAGAUAAUCUGAGAUAUCGACAAAAGAAAAAAGAACUUUCCACUAUUACUUCUGAAUGUGAAACUUUGACUAAACAAAUAGAAAAUAUUACAGGUAGUGAUGCAUCAUUGGACUCUUAUGAAGACAUCAAACAGUUGAAAGAAAAGCAAACCAGAUAUUCCAAUGAAAAAUCUCAAAUCUCAGGAAUGAGAAGUACAAUGAAAGGAAGAGUUAAAGACAUUCAAGAACAGCUGAAUUCUGAUCAGUAUAAGGACAUUGAAAAUAAGUACAAGUCUUUACUCAUUAAGGUUGUUACAACAAAGCAUGCUGUGGAGGACUUAGACAAGUACAUGAAGGCGCUUGAAAAGGCUCUCACAAAAUAUCACAGCAUGAAGAUGGCAGAGAUUAAUGAGAUCAUUAAGGAACUCUGGCAAAAAACAUACAGAGGCAAUGAUAUUGACACCAUCAGUAUCAAGUGUGACACUGAAACAGAGUCUGCCAGAAAAACAUACAACUACCGUGUAGUCAUGGUCAAAGGUGACGUGGAAUUGCCAAUGAGAGGUCGUUCUAGCGCUGGUCAAAAAGUUCUUGCUUGUCUUAUUAUUCGACUUGCACUUGCUGAGGCAUUUAGUAUUGAUUGUGGAAUAUUAGCUCUGGAUGAGCCUACCAAUGCUUUGGAUAUUGAUAACGCCAACAGUUUAGCCGAAUCACUUCGGUUCUUGAUUGAAGACAGAAGGAAACUCUCAAAUUUCCAAUUAAUUGUCAUUACUCAUGAUGAAGAAUUUGUGAGAAAGUUGGGCAGAAGCGAAUUGGCAGAGCACUAUUAUAGAAUUUCAAAAGACCCUAGAACCGGUAGUUCCAUGAUUGAGCAGCAAAAAAUUGUGGACUAG